GUUGUCAGAAGUUGACGUUAGUUGAUUACGGAUGUAGGUUCAUGCAGAAAUAACCACGACUUUUCUCCUCUAAAAAAAGGCCGUGAAUAACUUGUAAUGGAGCUAUUGGCCCCUAUGCGGCUCUAUACUUUGUCAAAAAGGCACUUUGUCCUGGUGUUUGUAGUGUUUCUACUAUGCUUUGGCCUCACAGUCUUCAUAGGAAUUGCAGGUCCAAGGAUAAUUGAUGAACAAGGACGCAAUGGUGAGCAGCUACUUCUGAAGAAUUUCUCAGCAAAGACGGGCCCUUACCGUCUUAUAUCGCCUCCUCUCACUACUUACAACCAGCAGUUAUGGCUAAUAUGUCUGAUGCAGGUUGAUCAUAGCAAUGUGGUCGACUUUAAGCAGAGUUUUGAGAUUAAUGUGGAGCUAAAAGGAGUAAUGCAGGAUGCCAGUGUAAUGCACAUAAACAAUGUUCCGCAGAAAUCUCGAAUGUUGCAUUGCAGCACAAUUAAAUGUGAUGAGAUCAUUGUAUUACAUUUGGGCUUCCUGAACUACACACAGUACCAAGUGACAGUUCAUUUCAAAGGCCUUGAAAACAUUACCAAUGACAUUAAGACCAAUUUUGUGUGGAAAAUGUACAACCCCACUUUCUCUCAAGUAGAAAUAUGGUUUCGCUUUGUCUUUGUGGUGAUGACCUUUGUUGUGACAUGCAUGUUUGCUCACUCACUAAGGAAGUUCUCCAUGAGAGAUUGGGGCAUUGAACAAAAAUGGAUGUCGGUCCUACUUCCUCUGCUUUUACUGUACAAUGAUCCCUUUUUCCCAUUGUCAUUCCUGGUAAAUAGUUGGUUCCCUGGGACAUUGGAUGCAUUUUUUCAGUCACUUUUCCUUUGUGCCCUUUUGUUGUUUUGGCUCUGUGUCUACCAUGGUAUUAGGGUUCAGGGGGAGAGGAAGUGUCUGACAUUUUAUCUUCCAAAGCUAAUAAUUGUCGGGCUAUUGUGGCUCUCAGCAGUUACACUUGGCAUAUGGCAAACAGUAAAUGAAGUUCAGGACCCAACCUAUCAGUACAAAGUCGAUAUUGGUAACUUUCAGGGCAUGAAGGUCUUCUUCCUUAUUGUAGUUUCUCUCUACAUCCUCUACCUCAUUUUCCUGAUUGUCAGAGCCUGUUCUGAACUAAAGAACAUGCCCUACUCUGAUCUCAGGCUGAAGUUUUUGACAGCAUUGACAUUUGUGGUCCUGAUAAUAAGCAUGGUUAUUCUCUACUUGAGGUUUGGUGCCAAAGCUCUUCAGGACAAUUUUGUAGCUGAGCUGUCCACUAAUUAUCAGAACUCAGCUGAAUUUUUAUCUUUCUAUGGUUUACUCAACUUUUACCUGUACACAUUAGCGUUUGUGUAUUCUCCUUCUAAAAACGCCCUGUAUGACUCCCAGCUAAAGGAUAACCCUGCUUUCUCAAUGCUGAAUGAUUCAGAUGAUGAAGUUAUAUAUGGGAGUGAUUAUGAAGACAUGCCUUUACAAAAUGGACGGGCAAUUAAAGCAACAGCUAAAUACCAGGAUGAGACUGACAGCGACUGAGGCCACAACCUCAUUUUCACCAGUUUCCAAUGGAUAUUUUGGAAAGAACAUUACAACUCAAUAUUAUAUGUACUGUAUAUAAUAAGUAUUUGCACCAAUCAUGGAUAUAUUGAAUGUGUACAUAAUUUACAGUUUUUUAGAAAGACACCUUCUGAAUGUACCACCUGUAGGUCAGUUUGCCUUUGAACAUUUAAUUGAGUUAAAUAGAAAAAAAGAAGACAAAACAGGUGUAUUUUCACUUUGAAUUCUCGAUUUUGUAUAUCGAGCAGAUGUAAACAUGCAUAUUCUUUUCCACUAAAUAAGUUUGGGAUGGGUUGUUGGAAAAAAAACAAAACAUUAUUUUGAUGCUUAAACCAUUGUUUAUGUACAUGUUUUUCUCAAUAUGAAAUACUUAUUUGCAUGACUACAUAAUUUAAUUUAAAUUACUAGAACUACUGACAUGUUUUAUUUUUGCACCUUAUGUACCUGUGGCCAAACCCUGUAGUACUUUUUAAGUUUUGUUUUAUUUAGAAUUAUUUUAUGGGGACUGUAUAUUGACAAAACCAGCCAAAAUCCCUUCUUUGCUUACAUUGUAAACUGUAUUCUAAUCAAAAAUUGUGCCUUGUUUUUACAUUAUGUGCAACAUUCUUAAACUGUCAUGGGAAAUUCUUAAUUUAAAUGUGUAAUAUUGUGCAACAUUGUGGCUUCAGUUUUACCAGUAAAUGUGACUUGAUGUGAGUUUAUAAGCAUGUUAAUUUAUGCUUCUUAUGUGUAAAUAAAACGUUUUCUAAACA